AUGACGACUUGCCGAGAAGCUUCGUACCCGACGCCCCUGAAUGGACAUGUAAAUCUUAGUCUGUGGGCAGCCCAACAGCCGCAGGAGCAGACUGUUCCCAAUCUCGACAAAUAUGCCGAACAGACGGACCAAAUCUCGACGUCCUUGAGGCGUAUCGAUUGCCCAAAACAAGGGAUCAAGAAAAAAUGGGAGCCAGACUUGGUCGAGGACUGUCGAGAUCCCAGUUUCAAGAGGCAAAAAGAAGGGGUCUACCUUUGCAGCCUAGAGUCUGCAAUGGCAUCAAAAAUGGCCCAUUAUCAGCCUCCUCAAGAGCGUGCAUUACCUUCAAGACGGCUUAGGGCCCCUCGUCGAAUGUCGACACGCUCCAUGCAUUGCCAGCGUGUAGCGCUUGCCUCUAAGCGAAAACAUGUCAUGAUCUGGCCCCAGAGAGAUGAUAAGUAUUUUACCACGACCUAUGAUACUUACAAUAGACACUACGCUUCUAAUAAGAUCUACCCGAAAUUCGCAACCGCUGGAGAAAAUUUCCCAGCCAUCAACGGGAAGACACUCCGGCCAACUAAGGGCGAGAGUGAUGAUAGAUUAUCAAACCAAUGGCUAGCACAGCUUCAACAUACCCCUUGUCAGGGCCGCUUUCCAUACAGCGGCCAUGAUUUGGUAGACAAAUCGACGAACAAAAAAACCUAUUUCUGGAAAUGCCAAGAGAGUAUGAGUCAUGAACAGAGAAUCAAGAAACAGAAAGAACGUCAGUUUCAGGAAAAUAGCCCGCAGACCUUGAUGAGAGGAAAGCGCGAGGAAGGCAUGGAGGGGAAAGUCUACCGUCACCAUAUCCCUGACACGGUACCUCUUCCAAAGAGGACUCGAUGUGUGGAAAAUGAACACCGAGACUUUGAUGGAUACAUGGACUACGAGGUCUGCUUCUAA